AUGGACAGGAGCUCGUUGUCGGAGACCACGGCCGCGAGUUCUUCCAGCUCCACGACGUUGUACGUUCUCUCCUCGGGGAUCGAGAUUCGAAAGGAGGCUAAAACUGACGGGAAAAUGGCAGUGUGCAGAGUGUGGACACACUACGGCGGAGCUGGCGAUUACUCGUCUCCGACUUGGACUCGAAAGGAUCUGUACCUGGGGCGCUCUUACAACGAGUUGUCCAGUGGCAUGUACGCUCCAGUUCCCGUGCGAUUCGCUGGCGCCAGCUUGGAGGACAUAAAAAACGAACUGAAGGAUUUCUCGCCGAGCAAAAUCGAGAAAGUCAGCCGCAGCUGGCCGACGUGCCAGUGUUUCGAGAAGAAGGAUCAAAACGACGGCCUGUGCGACGUGUUGUUCAUCAGGGACCACAAUCGUAAAUACUAUAACACGAGCAAGUUCUUUGCUAUCUGCCAGAGCUGCCCUCGAAAUCGCGCGAACGACGACAAGUGUAACGAGAAACGUAACGUGUGGUACGAGGACGAGGCGCUGGAAGUUACCUCGACGAAAAGGGACAAGGACGAGCGUCGUGGAAAAUCGAAAUGUGCUACGAGAUGUUUGGCAGGAAGGAUAUCGCGUUUUGGAUUCGGUGUACCGGAGAAGUGUCAUUCGGGGCUGGUACUCAGAGAUUGCAGCCGCGCGAAAUCGGAGGCGAAGAAAGCGCAGAAUUUCUACGUUCUCAUGGAGGAAGGCGUGAAAGUGUGGGAGAGCGAGGGAAAAAGACGUUGCAGAUCCACGAAGCGUCCCAGACAUUUCAGGAGAUACGGCCUUUGCGCGACAGCGCAUUUUCUACGCUCGUUGGGGCCUUGGACCGUUCAACCUGGCGAACGAAGCUGCCUCCAAGGACGCAGAUCCUUCAGCCAGGUCACCAUCCGUCGACAGCCAAGCGAUAUCGAGCUGAGGCUUCCGGUGUCGAGGCGCCAGCUAGCAGCCAGUAUUUCUUACACUGCUCUUCAAUCAGGUAGCUUUGGGUCUAUCGGAUCUACGGCGAGAGGACGCGUAGUACUGUUCUGGACACCGGAAUACUGGUACAGACCCAGACCUGCCUCUGCUGCCUACAGGGAACUGAGGCAGCACUUGAGCCACCUGAGAGAUUAUCGGCAGGAGAAGGAACGACCGUCGAAACGGAAGUUAUUCUGUAAGAGGAGAAAAUGCCAGUGCGAGGAGGACCCCAUCAUCGUGGCGGAGGAGAAACCUAGCUUCUUAGAACGGAUCUUCUCUGGGAACGGAUCCGGCAAAAAGAAAAAGAAAUACGAGAAUCAAGAGAACAGUACCACGGAUCAGUUGAGAAGAUUGCUGAGAAUGGAUUUCAGGAUCACCAUCUGGGACAUAGACAGCUCGACUCUGGCCAACCAGCUCACCCUGAUCGAUCGCGAUCUCUUCGUUCGAAUUCCUCCGGAAGAGAUCGAGAUCUUGGUGUUUCAGAGAAGCUCCAGGAACGCUUGCAACUUGGCCGCGUGGAUAGCGUUCAGUCACAGGGUGUCUUGCCUCGCUGUCAGCGAGAUUCUCGCGAUUAAAAAGUUAGGCGUCAGAACUAGAAUGAUCGCGAGGCUCGUGAACGCGGCCAGCAAGUGUUUCGCCAUGGGAAAUUUUCAUUCGUGCAGGUCUAUUCUGGCUGGGCUGCAAGCGCCUCCGAUUUAUAGGCUGAGAAGCAGUUGGUCUUACUUACGCGUCCAUCAUGCCAACAGGUACGACACCAUGGAAAGGCUCUGCAAGAUUUACAAAAGUCCAUGUAGCCUGGCGUAUCGACGAGCUUGGACCAAGGCAGAAAGCAAAGCACCUUCUAUGCCAUACGUUGGUGACUUAAUAGACCAAAUCCUUGGCUUGACUUGCAUGGAGUGCCAUCAAGACAACGAUAGCUUGUACGCAGUACCGGACAAAGCGAUUCGGGAACGCUCAAAAUAUACAGGCUCGGUUAACGUAAACAAGGAUGCUGUAAGUCUGAAAAGUAACGAGGAUUUAGAACAGAAGCAUGGUUUAGGUAAACGUAUCCUGGUGUCUGUCAUCGCCAAAAUGAAAUAUAAAAAAAAUCAAAUGACCAUCUACGAGGAGGAAAGUGAUUUGUUGUGGACGUCGAGACAGCAGGAUUUAGCAUGGAAGUAUUUUUACCGUUGGAAUAACAUCGUCCUGAAACGCAGGGCUCUUGCGAAGGAACAGGAACGUUUGAGGGAUAUGGAGCCAAGGAUGAAACUGGUCCUCGAUGUCGUGUCCUGGCUGACGGAUUGCCAGAGACGCGCUCGUGGAUACGAUUUCCCAGGACACUCGUUUACGCGGGAAUUUCUGUUGAAAACUCGAUACAGAGAGGAUCGAGAGAACUUCUUCAUUAGCCUCAAACUGGAACCAUCGAAGAUAACUUGA